AUGGAAGAGUCAUCCAUGGAGAAGAGCUUACAUAGUGGGGUGGACUUGGAACAAAUAGACGAUUCAACUGAUGAUUUGUUUGAGGGAUUUACAGAUGGGAAGAGAUCCAAAGGUGAAGGUGAAGAUAAAGAACCUAAAGAACCUACUCACAAACCUUCCACCAGGAAGAGAAAGGCUAAAGCUACUCUCAAAGAAGCCAACCUGAAGAGAAAGCUUACUUAUGAUUCCCCUAACGCGACAUCAAGUCCUGCAUCAUCUCCAGCACCUAUUGUUGGAUGUAAAUGUGAUGAGCUAAAAGAGGAGCUCAAAGAGCUUAAAACAGAGCUGAAGGAGGAUCUCAAAGAGCUGAAAAUAGACAUAAUGACCAUCAAAGAAACUCAAGAAAAUCACCAUGCUUAUAUAAAAAAGUUGGAGAUGAAGACGAAUGAAGGUGAAGAUGAGAAGAAGGUGAUGAUGAAUGAGAAGAUGGAGAAUGAAGAGAAGGUGAAUGUGGAGAUGGAGAAUAAAGAUGAAGAUAAGGUGAAUGAGAAGAUGGAGAUGGAGAAUAAAGAUGAAGCAAAGGGAAUGAAGCGAAGCAAAGAGAAGGUGAAUGAGGAGAUGGAGAAUAAAGAUGAAGAGAAGGUGAGUGUGAAGGAGGAGGAUGUGAAUGUGAAGGAAGAUGUGGACAAAAAGAAGGAAGAUGAAAUGGUGCUCAGCGAAAUUGGGUGGAAAGAGAUUGAGAAGAAGAAGAAGAAGGAUGAAUAUGAUGAUGAUUUCAAAGAAAUCGACGCAUACUACCACCUGUUGAGAACAAGGAUUGCAAAAUAUCCAAAGACUUAUAAUAAUAAAGUAGCAAUAAGGGAUUUCCUACUUGGAGAUAAGCACACCGAGAGUAUGAGAUUUUUCGUAAAGAUCCUAAUUCUUAUAACAUCUCAGAACUUGUCGAGUAUUACUGGGUGUUGA